AUGGCGGAUUUCGCGGGUCCAUCCUUUUCUCUCGGGCUGGAUCUCGAUCUCGAUCCCGAUCCCGACCUUGGUCUCGAUCUUUCCACCGAGGAGGAGGGCAAUGGGGAUGAGGAGGGUUGGCGUCCGAAGGUCCACCCGGGAGAAGAGCGGUCGACGUUUGUUGGGGCGUCGUCUUCUGAAUGUACGACGCACUGGUCGGGGGAGGACGAGGGGGAGGGGGGAUUCUACCGGAGAUCCACUGGAGAGGAUCCUCCUACCAGGAUUGGGCCUUUCAAGCGCUUGAGGAGAGGCACACCGCGGCAAUCUCCUCCCGACCCCUUCACUCCUCAUGCCGCUGUCCGUUUCUCCGCUCUGGAUGACGACAUUGAGGAUUUCUCAUCGCAGGAAGAUUGCGUGGUACGAGGUUGGUUGCUUCUGCUUUCCUCGGAUCUUGCGUUCUAGAGUUAUGCUUUGACUGAUUUGGCAACUUUUAUCGGAAUUGGGUGUUAUAUAAUGCGGAAAAUCAUUGGAUUGCGGAUAUGGAUGCCCUUCUUUCGUUGUGAAAUUAUCGGCACGAUGAUUGAAUUCACAACGAAAAUAAAUCAGGAUUAUUCGGAUCUGCUCUAUUUGACAUUUCUCCUGGGGUUCGUCAACUGGGAGAGAACUGAGUUCUGGUGUUAGAUUUUGUUCAAUAGGAAACUGGCUGAAGAGAGUUGUAGCUGAAUUCAAUAUAUCUAAUGCGGAAAAUCUUUGGAUUGCGGAUAUGGAUGCCCUUCUUUCGUUGUGAAAUUAUCAGCAGGAUGAUUGAAUUCACAACGAAAAGAAAUCAGGAUUAUUCGGAUCUGCUCUAUUUGGCAUUUCCCCUGGGGUUUGCGAACUUGGAGAGAACUGAGCUCCAGUGUUAGAAUUUGUUCAAUAGGAAACUGGCCGAUAUGAACUGGUUUCAUGAAAGUAGGAAAAAUGAAAGACAGAAACGACUACACCGUUUAUGCCAUGGACUGAUUGGAAUGCUUUUAAAGGCAAUGACAGGAUGUAAUAGCAAUCCUCAUGUCAAUAAUAUAAUGCAGACUGGCCAAGUACAAAAAAAGGACGAUUAGAAUAAAAUGCUUCCUCUUUUUAGAAUUAUUGUUCAUCGAAGCAUAAGCUGAAAUGUGCCACUUUGUAACAAAUCCAAUCAAGAGAAGCAUAUGUCUGGCAUUUUUUAUUCUUUCAGAAUCCUAGUGGGUUUAGCUUGGAGGCUCAAACCCAAUCAAUGAUUUCAAUUUUUCACUUGUUUGUAAUCUAUUGCAUCGUUAUAGACCUGAUCAUAGUAUUUCCUAGAAAGGCAAAGUAAUUGAUUAUCCUACUAUGAAAAAGGCCACCAUCUGUCAGAAUAGAUAGACAAUAUGUUUAGUGCACAUCCUAGGCUAAUGAAUUUGUUAUCACAAACUCUGCAGAAAUGGUAUAAGAAAAUAAGCAUGAAAGUAUUAGGAAAAUACGCAUGUUCAGUGUCAUUUAUUUAUUAAAAACCUUGAUUCAUUCUCGAGAUUGUUUCCUCAUGGUUUUCAUGUCUGUUUGUUUCUGAUUUAGUAAUGAUUGACAUUAGAUUAUUUAUUUCGCAUUUCAUGGAGUUUUUAUCAUGGUUUUUAUUGGCAACGUAGUAGUGACUAUUCCUGCCAACGCUUGAAUUUACACCUCCAUAAGAACAUACAUAAUCAUCACUACAAGAAAUGGUUUCAAGGUCUUCUUUCAUCACUUUGGUUAGAGCGCCUGCAGUGACCAGAAACUAUUAUAUUCCAAAUGACACAUUAAGUUCCUAAUUUUCUAUAUUCAGUAACAAUGUGUUUCUGAGAAACGUUUUCGAAAUAGUUAAAAUUUUGCAUCUUUAACUUUUUUCUUUCAUUGCUUGAUUGAUAUUGUGAAACAAAUUAUCUAUAUGGAUUGCAGAUGCACUUCCUUCUAGACAGAACCAGUCUUCUUGCAGCAGCUCAAAGUUCUCACUGCAUGGUCAACGCGUUCUAACAACUAUGUCUGGUAAAAAGUCCAAGGCUCCAAAGAUCAUACCAACCUCUGGUGUCUCAAUUCCAACAAGCGUUGAGGCCAGCAGCAACAAGAAAAUCUUCCCCAGGCUAACAGUCAGCCCUCUAAAGAGAAUCCAGCUCCUGGAUUCUGAUUCAGAUGACCUUUCUAUCGAUGAAGAUAAGAAGCGUAAAGUGAAUGGAGAUCAUCAGCAGGGAAAGACACCCGAAUCAUCUGGUAGGCUCCAGAGCGAAUGCUUAUGGGUUGACUUCAGCCCUGUAAAAAAUCUCAGCUUGCCAACACCUGCUCUAGAUCAAUAUUGUGAAGAUUACUUUAAAGAAGCAAAGGCCAGGGAUGUAAGUCAGCAAUCAAAGCAGCAGUCAUCAGCCACUACUACCUCAGGCGUGGUUCUUCCUCGUAAUAUUGCUGGAACUAAUGAUACAGAGGGCUGUCCCAACCUUCCAGGCCACCAGCCUCCUUCUUAUCAGUACUUUUUCCAUCCAGAUGUCAGAAUCCAGAGACUCGUCCAGCAGAGGUUACCUCAUUUCACACCCAUUGGAGAUGUGAAGUCCACAGGCAAUGGACAGCAGAAUGCGGAGUCUCUUGAUUACAUGUACUUAGUUCUCUUAUGUUAUCUUCUCCGCAAUCAUUCAUAUAGUUAAGGUCUUGCUAUUCGUUGCUUAAGCAUAUGAUAUCUUGCCACCAGGGAUCAAUUUGGCCAGAGGAAGGGACCUUCCCAGAUUCAUGGAAUUGAUGAACCAAGCACAAGAGGAAGGCCAAGAAACAGAAAGAAUACAAAGGGCAGUAAGAUUUCUGAUACCCCUGGAAGCUCUAGUGCCAUCCCAAAGGAUGCUGCAAAGAGGCGAGUCUCUGCUGUUGGUUCUUGUGGUCACUGGUUUACUGGAGAAGACGGAAGAAAGGUCAAUUGGAAACUUUUUUUCUUUUUUUUUCUCCAUCGGUUUUUUACGUUUGCAUGGUUUUCUACUUUUACAUGGCCAUGAUCAUGGAUGAUUUCAGGUUUAUGUCACAAAAAACGGGCAAGAGUUGUCUGGUCAGAUUGCCUACAGGCAAUAUAAGAAGGUAUGGCCACAACCUGAAUAACUAGAUAUGGUCUAUAUUAUGUAUAUUUCCAUGUAGCUGGUGUCAACAUGAUGGGUAGCCUUGGGAUGCCUCACCUGGUUUCUAUGGGGUUGGGAUCUCAAAACCAUUUGUAGAGAGAGAAAAUAAGACUUGUCUAGGCAAGUAAUGGCCCAGGUGCAGCGCCUUCCCUCCAGUAUAUGUGGCUAGCUGGGCUUGUGUCUAACUCCCCAGGGGACCAAGAAUAUGGCUUUUCUAGUAUUUCCAUCAUCUUAUGAAAGAUGGUUGACUGUGCUGAGCCCCGCCUUCUCAGAACUGAGCAAGUUGGCAUCCUGAAUGAUUGGUUUAUGUGUAAUUAUGGUGUAUGUGUGUGUUCUUGUCAGGAAACUCAAUGGCUAGGUAAGCUUGAGGCCCAGCCUAUGAUCCUACCUGAUUUAAUUUUUUUUUAAAUGGGAUGCCUUCUCAAAAUAAAUCAGAAGAAAUAGGCCUAGCCCAGAGUUUCAUAGGCUGUUUUUAAAUUGGGAGUCUUCUCCGAGUCUAGCCAAAAAAAAAAAAAGAGCAAAAAGAAAAUUUCCCAUCAUUUCUCUUGACCCUUUGCCUCUUUUUUGUGAAUUAUGUGCAUUGGAGAAUUUCUCUGAAUUAGAAAGUCUUACUCUGUAGGAAAUCGGAGGAUCUCGAAGAACAGGAAAGAGGUCCUCAGGGAAUUCCAGGAAGAAGGCCAAGAGAUGA